AUGAAAGACGCGCCGGCGAUUACGAUGGAGACGGACGCUGCAUUUGAUGAAGACCUGGUCGACACCGUGGAGCGACUUCGUGUCGAGUUACGUCGGAUGGAGGGAGAACUACGUCGCAAGGACGAGGAGCUCCUCGUAGCGCGAGCCCAAUUCUCGGAGCUCGAGCUGUGUAGUCGCGAAGUGGAGCAAGAGCUGGAGAGUGAAGUUUCGCGCCUGAAUCGCCUGAACAACGAGCUGGAAAAUGAGAACAAAAACCUGGAGCGUCGAUUGGAGAACGAGCUCCAGCGCGUCAGGACCGAGCGAAUUCAGCGGUCAACUCGCAACGACGAAGUAACACAGCUACGCCAACGGCUUCAGCGUCUGGAGCAGGACAACGACGACCUUCAAACGAGCGUGCGCAGGCUGGAAGCGACUCGGGAAGACCUGGACAACACACUCGAACAUGCUGAAGAGCAGCUUGUCUUCGCGCAGCAAGAGUUCGACGACUUCAAAGACGUGGCCGAGGAGACUUCGAAGCAGUUGCGCGACAAAAUCCAAGACCUGACAGCCAGCCUGAAGAUAUACCACCAGACUUUGUUCAGCUGCAUUGUGCAGACUGGGGUACCGUACGCGGCGUCGAGUUUUGACAAGACGACAGAUAUCGUCAAAGAAGCUCAGGAGACUCAGAGCAGUGACACGGACGAUACCGAUGAAGAUGGCAAUGAAAGCGGCGACGACGGUAGCUGA